CAGCAGCACUUGUCCCGUUCGCUCACCCAGCGACCCCGAGUCACAUGACGUCACACCAGAAUCCACUGUAUCCAGCUGAUCUAGAGGUGCAGUUAACGCUCGGAGAGCUGGUCCCUGGAUACUACUACUUCUACCAGGCCGGAGAAGAUGGGGUGUUGCUUUAGUAAGGAGCUCAACCCCGGCCAGCAGAAUGAGAGGAGCAGUCUGUUACAGUCCCCGCUCCACGAUGGACUGAAUGAGGCGACAGAGCAGGUCAGGCAACACGCUGCUGCUGUAGCUCAACAUGUGAGCCUAGAGGAAGAAGAAAAAUGUCCGUCGGACGGAUCGGCCCAGAGGGAGCCUCUGGAAGAUGAGGACCCCCCUCCAGAAGUGGACAGAGCGGCUGUGGUCAGCAGGGACAUCUCCACGCAGAUUGAGAAGGAUCUUAAACCAGCGAGUACUCGCGAAGGGAACGAGGCUAUUAUUAUCACAACCAGCACAAACAUGCAUACAAACACGGACACAGCGGCAGAUGGGACAUGCACGGCUGGUCCCAGCAAUGGACCGGUUCCCUAUAUGGAGGUGCUAACACAGAGUCCAGUCAAACAGAGGAUUUUGGACAAUGCCACCAUCAGGGCAUUAUGGUUCAACCAGCUCACAGAUGAGCAGAAGCACCAGAAAUUAACCUGUUGGUCAUCUCCUGCCGUGUUACCCUCAGCUCCCUGCCUGGACGCCGUCACAGUGAGCGGGGCGUCACACGACCAGCCCCCACUGGUCAGUGGGACACGGCAGGAUUCCCCCAAAGCAGAGCACAAGGCGGAGGAUGGAGAAGAAGCGUGUGCCGUCGCGACAACGCUGUGUCAAGUUCUGGAGACGAGGACCCGGAGCUUCUACAGCAUAUGUUCCAUUGACGUGGACGACCUUGAACAUGACCAAACAGCUGGAGGAACACUGCACACAGCUGAGGUAGAAACAGCUGCUCCUCUCUGCUUAGUGGAGCCUCCCUCCAGCCAAUCACACACACAGGCAUCCACGGCUUGCGACCGCACAAAUGUCACAAAAUCUAUAUUGACCAGCCAGUCACGUGACGAGGAGGAAGCUUCUACGCAGUCACGUGCUGCUCAACAGUCCUCGGUCCUUUUGUCACAGACACAUUCUGAUUCUUCAGCAGAGCAUACCACCUCACAGAAACCCGCCACGCCUCCUCAGCUGGCGGACUCUCCGUCUGACAUGCGGCCCCUCAGAGAUCACACAAGCAGGGAUGAACCUCAGGCUUCUCCACCAGACUUCCCUCACCUCAAAGUGUUGAACUGCCAAACAGCCGCAAAGGACACAGAGGAAUUCGCAGAUAACGUGGCAGUUGAAAUUGAAAGUAUCAAAGAGAAGAGAGUGUGUUCGGCGGAUGAGACAGUGAAGGAGUCACAGGAGGUAAUAGUUAGAGAGGUAACUGUAAAUAAGGAGACUGAGUGUUCAGAGGAGGAGAUUGUGUACAUGGAGGACCAAGGGGAGAAAUUCUUUAAUUCCACCAAAGGGGAGGUCAGCGUCCUGGAGAGAGAUCAGAGUGUGCCUUCUGGUUUUUGUCCUCUAGACCGUCCUCUUCAGUCUGAACUGAAAUCAGAGCAGAACAUCCAGAGUUUACAGUCAGCUGCUCAACUUCCUCAACUUAAUACUUCCUGUCACAGCCCCAGAUCUUUAAAUCCUGCCGACAAACUGGUUCAUAAAGAAGAGGACGCUGACCCUCGGCCCAGAAUACAGGUUGCGAUGGAUGAGUCCUCUCUGAAGAGCAGCCCCCUCCCAGUGAGUAUCCAGAAAUGCCAGAGGUCAGAGGGAGAUGUUGAUCACAACGGUACAACAGAUCCAUCUUUGACUGAUGCGUCGCCAGUUUCCACCAUUUCUGCUGACCUGAGCGCGCUCGUGUGCCACACAGAUCUGACCCCUCUUCCUGAUUUAACUAAAACCAUGUUUCAGUAUGGACCCAUCGAAUUAGAUGUUAAUUCAAAUGAUCCAAAAUUUGAACUCGACAACAAUAAGUUCCCUCCUCAAGAUCUUGAACCUUCAUUCACUGACUCUCAGGACUGUGAACUGACUGAUUCUCAGAUAAACAACACCGGGUUUGAUUUCUGUGACAAAGCUCCCGAUGGUUCUGAUGUGAAAACUGGAUGUGGUCUGCUGUCUGGCUCCCACGAGCCCUUUAAUAAUGUCCCCGCUGGUGGAGAUGAUGAACAGACAGUCACAAAAGCAAAAGCAGACAUUUAUCGACAUGUCGAGAGAGGCGACGUUCCACUUUGUUUACCUGAGAUCACUGUGAGCAUGAGUCGCUGUGGCCCUGAUGCAUCUGAGGAUUCAAGUCACCUUCCUCCUUCACAUACUCCUGCUACUGUACGUGAGCUUUCUGUAUCGGCAUCCUCCACUCCAACUCCCUCUUCCCCACAUCAUACUGGAGCUGAUGCUACUGAGAGUCAAUGCAGCAAAAUCCAAGUGAAGAUAAACCCAACACAGUAUGAAGAAGCAGAGGAGACAACAGUCCCACAACCGUCUCUCAUUGAUCAGCCCGUCUUUCACUGUCUACCAUCAGCCUCUCAGCCCCCACACAUGUUCACCUCUAGUGUUUCCUUUGACUCUGUAAAGCCUCAGAUGGACCCUGAGCUGCAGCAUGAAACUGCUGAGGGUUUACCUCAAACCAAAGACGAAUCUAUCAAGAAUUACUUGGAAGAAAUCAAUGCGAUGAAGAUGCACACAUCACCAGUGGAGCUCCCUCCACUAGACAAUGAUCUUCCUUCAGAAACAGCCAAUAUUUUAGUUGGUGAAACACCAUCCCAAGGAGUUGAAGUCCAGGCUUCCUUCACAACAGGGGAGUUGUACAAGAUCCCAACUACUUUCAACUUUCAGGAUGACAGUGCCCCAGUGUUAGCCUGCCAAGACGGUCACACCACGAUCACCGUGGACCCAAAUCAGAUCGACCUCUAUGCCUCAACCCCAUCUUAUGAGAUUCACUUCCUCAGUCAUGAACUGCCGGCUGCCUCUGACGAGGGAGUGAAGGAGGGAGGGAUGAGGGAGAUGGUUUCUGAGCUGCUGGGGGAGGAUGCAGACUCAUCCAUCUGCCAUCUCUACCCCAACCCCUGGAUCAAGCUGGGUCUGGUAGAGAGCUGUGAGGAGUGGGCUCAGGGGGCCCCCGAGGCUGAGCCCAUCCGGGGUGAGAGGGAGCAGGGAGGCAGCACGGAGCGAAUCCCAGCCUCGGUCUCAGAGCUCCAGCCCUCCAUGGCUCUGUUGGGAGCGUACCCCUACAGCACAGUGAUGCCUCAGGGAUCCUGUGUGUGGGACUGGCACACAGAUUGCACACAGUCUGAACCUGUUGCUGCUCCUUGCCUUAACCCUGAAGCUGAGGUAUGGACCAACCACAACUUUGACCUGAGCGUCCCUGACCCUGCAUACGCGCAGCUUCAGCAGCAAUGGCUACAGGUCCCCAAUGAUCUGACCAGCCAGGAAGGAUGUGUGCCAGAGUUUCAGCUGGAGAAUAUGGGCCUUACUGAGGCUGAUCCCAGCACAUCAGAGUACCAGACACUGACUGCUGAAGCUCCUGCACUUAAUGGGGAAUCUAGUGAGGCGCCUGUUGCAAGUGAGAUCACGGAGGAGCUGAGAUCAGUUUUGGAGUCCUACCUGACCAGAGAGCACCUCUGCAGUGACCUGUACCUCCAGUCUCAAAUGGACAGCGACCAGUACGUUUCCAUAGCGACUCUGGCCUGCCUCGACAAGAUCAAGAAUCUCACCACAGACCUGGACCUCAUUGCUGAUAUUCUCAAAACCAUGCCUCUGGUGGAGGUGGCCACGUGUGGGCAGAAAGUGCGGCCCAGGCAGAGUCGGUGUGUUGUAAUCCUGCGUGAGAUUCCUGACACCACCCCUCGAGAGGAGGUGGAAGCUCUGUUUGAAGGAGAAAACCUGCCCAAGUUCCUGAGCUGUGAGUUUGUGAGCAACGAUAACUGGUUCAUCACCUUCCAAUCUGAAGCCGACGCACAGCAGGCCUACAGGUACCUCAGAGAGGAGGUCCGGGUGUUCAAGGAGAAGCCGAUCAUGGUGAGGAUAAAGGCCAAGACGAUGGCAGCCGCGACCUACGCUCCAAAAAACGGCUACAGGUCUUCCCAGGUGGACCAGUGCACCAAUCAUUACGGCCCCUAUUUCCCCACCGCCUACCAGCAGUCCUGUCCUGCCCACAUGACGACUCAGCAGUUGUACAAUUUCACUGGUGAUGCGUGGUCUGCAGCAGGAUACCAGAGCGCUGAGACCCCACUACUGAUGAAUGACUUCCUGAAUGGAUUUGGCACAGCCUCCAACUUCAAACCAAACAACUCAAAUAGAGCGAGGAGAGGCUCCAAGUGGUCUGGAGACCGUCGACAGAAUAGCUCCUCGCAGGCAUCAGAGCAGCCGGCGAUGGAUCGUCCCUCUUCUCUGACGAGGACGGGUCGAGGGAGGGCCAACCCACGGCGUCAAAGCCGAGGCGGAAGGACAGAGUCCAACAAGCCACCAGCAUCAUCCACGAGUGAACAUGGAAGGGGUGGAAACAUCAACCCGAGGAGGAGAGACAACCCAAGGUCCUGGGAGCGAUCAGCUCCGAACAGUCACAAUCAGUCACCUCCUCGUCAGCCGUCUCCUCCUCUGGAGCUCAGCAUCACCAGCUUCCCUCCUCUUUCUGUGGUGAAACCUGCCAUAGCAACGGCACCUGCUGCUAACGGCAACAGCAAGGUUCCAGUGAAAAGCAGCAGCUCCUCCUCCUCAUCACUGCCAGCUUCAUCCUCACAGGAGCCUCAGCCAGACUCUCAGGAGAAUGUUAAGGAGAGUAGCGAGUCCAAACCAGCUGAGCUCACUCAGGAAGCAGCCACAGAGUCGAAGAAGCCGAGCUACGCUGAGAUCUGUCAGCGAGCAUCCACCAGCGAGUCGGUGCCACACGACGACCACACGGGCUCAGAGGAGCAGCAGAGUCUGACCUACCCCGGCCAGACCUUUGAACCCCAGUGAUCAGAUAAGAUGCAGAACGACACUCGAGAACUUCUUUCCUUUUCUUUUUUUGUCACACGGGCGUCUAAUAAGCUGGAGAUGGAUCGGUGUGUUGUCCUGAUUCUGUGAAGAAUAAGUGGCGUGUGACUCUGUUUCACAGCUGAAGAAGCUUGUUAGGAUGUGUCUGUAUUAAGAACCAAACAUCCUUUAAAACGGCUGCAUGUUAGAACAGAACAGCUGACACGGACACCACGGACCGGUUUCAGCUUUAAGCAGGAAGCCGGAAAGAAUCUGUACUUCUGCUUCACUCGUGUUUUAUUUCUUGGUUUGCUGUUUAGGUCGGUUUAUUGGGAGCCCGUUUUCAUUUUGAUUCGUCUUGUUUUGCUGAUGGCUCUGGAACUUCUCUUCUGUGUGUGUUGGAUUUCACUGUACAGGAUGUUCUGCCAUUAUUUUGAACUGGUUUUGGUUUUGCUUUACUUUUCCCCCGUACAUCUGUGUUGUACUUUUAUUUUCUACAAAUAUAAAUGCUUGUCAAUGCCCCGGAUUUCCUUUUCCAUUUUCAGAUGCUGUUGAGAUGUAAUGAACCGAGGUUCAGUGUGUUUUAGUGAGUACUGGGAGGAUCAGUGUUUUGAUUUGAUCUCACUCCUCCAGGGAUCAAAUUAAACUCAAAAAGCACUGUUUAUCUUUAUGUCUGCAUGAUUUUUUUUUUUUAAUUUCAUUUUAGAUUUUCGUUUAAGUCUGACUUUUAUUUAUGUUCACAUGAGUGCAUUUUGUGUUGAAGUCUCAUGUUUUGAGAAGAAGAAAAGUCUAGUUGAUGUACCUCAGGCUCCCUACAGGUCUCUGUGGUGAAGUGUAGCUACUGAGCGUCCAUUAACAAACACGUCACCAAGCACCAAGACUCUGAACUGUACUGUAGUAGUGAGGCCAGUGUUCUUUUGUUUAAAAUAUAACGUUUUAAAUGUGAAGCGGUUAUAACUGAGAAAGAACAGCCAUGGUUGUGGCACGUGUUACUUUGUACAAAUGUACAUAAUGUUGAACAAAUAUUAAAAGAUGCAUUUGAGGUUAAACCUA